AUGGCUCUGAAUCGUGCAUCAUCCUUUUUAAUGCGCAACUGUAUUCUUAGAAUACUGCAUAAAGAGAGUUCAGAGGUGUACUGCAAACCAGUAUGGGAUGGAUUCUUAUGCUGGCCAAGUGCUAUGAGUAAUUCGAUUGUUCAACUUCCAUGUCCUCCUGAAAAAGGACUUGAUAUCACAAAAUUUGCCAGUCGCCAAUGUGAUCCAGAGGGGCGUUGGAAAGGCCGUUACCCAGACAGGGACAGUGACAAUGGCUGGAGUAACUACACAAAUUGUUUCACGAAAGAAAUUAAACUGCUAAUGGAUAAGCUCUAUACAAGCACAGAAACUGAUGUCCAGAGAAAAAUGCAGAUUGCUAAGGAUACCAGAGUCAUAGAAAUGACAGGACUUACCAUAUCUUUAGUUUUCCUGAUUAUUUCGAUUUUUAUCUUCGUCAACUUUGGAUCAUUGAAGAACAAGCGCACAAGAGUUCACAAAAAUUUGUUUUUCGCCAUGUUUGCUCAAGUGUCCAUCCGUCUCUUCCUGUACACAGAUCAAUGGCUCUUCAGAGAAUCAAUUGACAAUGCUGUAUCAAACAAAUCUUUAUUGACAAUUUUACUUCAACAGCCUAUUCUAUGUGAAGUCUUCUACAUUUUGAUUGAGUAUACAAGAACUUCAGUCUUCACUUGGAUGUUUUUAGAAGGAUGUCAUUUGCACACGAGUGUGGUUGUCGUGUUUCCAAAAGACAUCAAAUUUAUCUACUUUUAUACUGUUGGAUGGGGACUACCAAUUAUCUUGGUGGCAUUGUGGUCAUCUGUUAUGGCGUCAAAAUAUCCCAAAACCAUUUGCUGGUGGGGUUACGCUUUAAGUCCUUAUUUUUGGGUACUUGAGGGGCCAAGAAUGUGCAUUAUUGCAAUCAAUUUUAUGAUAUUAUUAAAUAUUGUAUUCAUCGUACUUGUGAAAGUGAAAGUUAAUACUCCAAGUGAGCUUCAACAAAUAAGAAAAGCUGUGAGAGCAGCCUUAUUGCUUUUACCACUGCUGGGAAUCACAAACAUAAUGGAUAUCGUACCGGGACCCAUUGAUGGCACUCCUUUACAAUUUGCGUUGUGGUCAUACACAUUUCAUGCUAUAUCAGCGUGUCACGGCUUUUUCAUAUCCCUUUUAUACUGCUUUUUGAAUAAAGAAGUAAGUAUUGUAAGAAAGAUUGCCAUUAUUCCGAUGGGAAAUACAACCAUUGCGGACCUUCCCACCAUUCUGACGAAAGAAGUUGACGGGCAUAGCAGCCUCUACUCGGAAGAUUUGCUGGAUUUAGUGAUCCUGGUACGAACCGCCAUGCAUUCAAAGGAGUCAAGGAUCUAA